CCUGUUGUGAUCUUCAAAAAAAAAAAAAAAACUAUCAGAACAAGUCUCCUCUUGUCUCACCAGCAAUUAAUCACUACAUUACACCCAAAUUAUCUUCCUUUUUCGAUUUUUUUCAUAACAAGACGGCGUCUCUUAAAAUCCCUUUUUAUCCAAAGCAGCUUGGUCAUCAAAAACCCAGUUUCUAGAUCCUCUAAACCGAGCAUAAAAGUCCAAAAAGUAGGUUUCUUUCUUGCCUUGAGGCUAAAGCUUGAAGCUUUUGAUACACAUAAGAAAGAUGAGUGAUACAGAGGAGGCGAGGAAUGAUCUGCGACGACCUUUCAUACACACGGGAAGCUGGUACCGGAUGGGCUCAAGACAAUCGAGCAUGAUGGGUUCGUCUCAAGUCAUCAGAGACAGCUCAAUCUCUGUUCUUGCUUGUGUCCUGAUCGUUGCUCUUGGCCCUAUUCAAUUCGGUUUCACUUGUGGUUAUUCUUCUCCGACACAAGCUGCAAUCACUAAAGAUCUCGGUUUAACUGUAUCUGAGUACUCUGUGUUUGGUUCUCUAUCCAAUGUGGGAGCUAUGGUUGGUGCAAUUGCCAGUGGUCAGAUUGCAGAAUACAUUGGAAGAAAAGGGUCUCUGAUGAUUGCUGCAAUUCCCAAUAUCAUUGGCUGGCUUUGCAUAUCAUUUGCUAAAGAUACUUCUUUUCUUUACAUGGGAAGGCUUUUAGAAGGCUUUGGUGUUGGGAUCAUCUCUUACACGGUGCCUGUGUAUAUCGCUGAGAUAGCUCCACAGAAUAUGAGGGGAGGACUAGGUUCAGUGAACCAGCUUUCUGUGACAAUUGGAAUAAUGCUGGCUUAUUUACUUGGCCUCUUUGUGCCAUGGAGGAUUCUUGCGGUUUUGGGGACAUUGCCAUGCAUAGUAUUGAUACCGGGACUCUUCUUCAUUCCUGAAUCCCCUCGCUGGCUUGCGAAAAUGGGUAUGACUGAUGAUUUUGAAACUUCAUUACAAGUUCUCAGAGGGUUUGAGACUGAUAUCACCGUUGAGGUUAAUGAGAUCAAGAGAUCAGUGGCGUCAUCUACAAAGAGAUCAUCUACAGUUCGGUUUGUUGAUCUCAAGCGGAGGAGAUACUAUUUCCCACUUAUGGUUGGUAUAGGGUUGCUUGUACUUCAACAACUCGGUGGGAUCAAUGGCGUUUUAUUCUAUUCCAGUACAAUCUUUGAAUCUGCAGGAGUUACAUCAAGUAAUGCAGCAACAUUUGGGGUCGGUGCUAUUCAAGUAGUGGCGACUGCAAUAUCAACAUGGUUGGUGGACAAAGCAGGUCGUCGGCUUCUGCUUACCAUCUCGUCGGUUGGGAUGACGAUCAGUUUAGUAAUCGUUGCAGCUGCUUUCUACCUUAAGGGAUUUGUGUCUCAUGAUUCAGACAUGUACAGUAUGCUGAGCAUCUUGUCAGUAGUUGGAGUAGUGGCAAUGGUUGUUUCUUUCUCGUUAGGAAUGGGACCAAUUCCAUGGCUCAUUAUGUCUGAGAUCCUUCCUGUGAACAUAAAGGGUUUAGCUGGAAGUAUAGCCACUUUAGCAAAUUGGUUCUUCUCUUGGUUGAUCACCAUGACUGCAAACUUGCUCUUAGCCUGGAGCAGUGGAGGAACUUUCACUCUAUACGCUGUGGUUUGUGCAUUCACAGUGGUGUUUGUAACUCUAUGGGUUCCUGAGACCAAAGGGAAAACGCUUGAAGAACUUCAAGCCUUGUUCAGAUGAUAAGAACUCAAAGUAAUAUCAUUCUAUGUCUCCCUGUCUCACCACAUCUCUGUUUUGGCCAAGAAACAAAGAAAUGUUAAAGAGAUUUUCCAGCUGUUGUUUAAUUAGGCUGAGAAGUUACGAAGGAAGAUUUGUUUGUUUGUUGUGUCAAUAACCUUCUGUUAUGUGUAAAUGAACACACCUUUUCAAGUUUUUUUUUGUAAUUUGAUCA